AUGGAGAGCCCGAAGAUCUUCGCUCUCGUCGACUACGAAGAUGUCUACGUCCAGCCUUUGCUACUCUCCGCCGUUCAAGCCCAGCUUCCUUCGGACCUCCUCGUCUUGAUCAAGGACGUCUCCGAGCUGCCAUCGCCAGCCUGCAGACUUUUGCAAUGGCGACAGUACGAGAGCAUAGACUUCGAUCAUCUGAUGCAGCAUUCGACAUCCAGCCUUGCGAAUAGCCACAUCAUCCGAAAGGCUCUGAUCCGGAAGCAUUACCUUUCCGCAACAGUGUCUCAUUGGUUGACCAAGAAUCCGAAGAGCUUGUUGAAAGACCAUGUCCAGCCGAGCGUGGAGUUUGAGGUCGACUAUGCCGAAUUCUUGGAUGAUGCGCUAGUUGAGGCGUAUGAGCUGAAGGAGAGCUGGGCUCGAAACGAGUCACUCAGUGAAGAUGACGAGAGUCGAGAGUGGUGGAUCUUGAAGCCAGGGAUGAGUGAUCGAGGCCAAGGAAUCCGCCUGUUCAGCUCUGAGGAAGAACUGCAAGAGAUUUUCGAGGAGUGGGAUCCGCCUUCUGACGACGAGGAUGAGGGUGCUCAGUCGAACGACGAGCAUAUCAAUGGCUUAGGCGAGAAGCAAGAUGACUCGUCGGAUGGAGUGAUUGCAUCGCAACUACGACACUUUAUCGUACAGCCCUACAUUCAGUCGCCUCUGUUGCUGCCCGAACCACACCCUUCAGCCGGCCGAAAGUUCCACAUUCGCACAUACGUGGUCGCCUUCGGUGCUCUCAAGGUGUUCGUCUACAAGCCAAUGCUGGCCCUUUUUGGUGGACCAACGUAUGCCGAUCCAUGCACUGCGACAUCGCCCAACGACGAGCUCUCCAGUCACCUCACCAACACUUGUCUGCAGACUGGCGAAAGGGAGGGCAGCGUGCAUGCAUUCUGGUCAUUGCCAACAUCAAUCUCCGGUGUCCGAGCACAAGACUGGAAAGAAGACGUCUUUGACCAGAUCUGCGCUGUCACAGGUGAGGUCUUUGAGGCCGCUGCCAGAAGCAUGGGAAUACAUUUCCAACCACUGCCGAACGCAUUCGAGAUCUAUGGCGUUGACUUUCUUGUCGAUUCCCGUGGUACGGCAUGGCUACUGGAGAUCAACGCAUUCCCAGACUUUGCUCAAACGGGGAACGACUUGCAGUCCCUGGUACAGGACUUGUUUCAAGAGGUAGUCGCAAAGACCAUGAGGCCGUUCUUUGGCCUACCUGAGGGGAAGAAAGAAGAAGAGCUGUUUCCACUGCGUCAGGUCCUCGACAUCGACUUGGGCCGGAAAUGA